AUGCGGUUCGGAAGGACAGAGCCUGGAGCUGUACCAGACAUGACCCAGACGGCCGCCCCUGGGACCGAAAGGGCCGAGAAGGGAGCCGCAGUGCGAGCUAGGGUCAGCGACGGAUCCGGAUCGGGUUCAGGAUCUGGUGGUUCAGGAUCUGCCGGCAACAGCUGGGAACAGGCCACGAACUCCAGUGGUGGCCAUUCAAUCUCCUACAAGGCUUUGGAAGUCCUGCGAGGUAUUGUCGCAAGUGAGGAGUCGCCGUCUCCGAAGUUGCCAUCAGCAGCAGCACUUCAGUUGGGUCGAUCGACCGCUGAAGAAGCAAGACCUGCAGCUGACUGUGAUGAGGAUGAGGAGCAAGCCGCAUCUGCCAGUGCGCGUGUCAGGGCCAGCUGGCUGUUGAUUUGGUGCCACGAGCGCUGUUACAAGCCGGAGCGGCUUGGGCUUCGUGCCAACCUCACAGAUGUUGCCAUGAAGCUGAGUGCCGGAAUACUCUGCAUGAAGAAGGCAGUCAAGUAUGAAGCAUGGAUGAAGCGAACUAACAACAAGUUCCAUGUGCUGAUCACAGAUUGGAGAGAGGCAAAACCGUGCAUUCAUGCAGUCGGGGAGAGUCAGCAAGAGGAUUCGUGGCCUGAGAUGGUCAUUAUUCUAUGUGACCUGCCGAAGUCGCACGAGAACGCGGUCCAGUGGGCCGGUCGGCAGACCACAAUCAAGACUCCCAUUCGUGUUGUGUUUGAGGAUCCGGAGCAGACUCACUUUCAGGUCAUAGCAGAUCUGCUGCAAGAAUGCUACGAGAAGAUGCUCAAGCGAAGGCCCAUGUUGGUGCCGUUCAAUCCUGGACUGUUGUCGCAGCCAGAAGCACCUACCUCGAGAGCCAGUGCGGCAUCUCCGGAGCCCUCCGGCAGGAUCUGGGAG